UUUUUUACAAUUCCGUUAGUUCUUGCUAGAAACAAGUUUUAAAAACGAGAAAAAAAUAAAAACAUAAAAAAUGGAAGAGUGGUGUUUAGCAGUGCCCGGUGUGAGUGUGGCGUUGCGCGGUUUCAUCACAGCAAGUUCGGCCGCGGGCGAUUCUAUCCAAACUCCAAAGCGAACAACAACAACACAUUUGUUCCUUCUGUUUCCUCUUGAAACCUACCAUAUACAUAGCACACAUACAUAUAUAUAUAUACGCAGCGAAUUUAGGUUUGGCAGAAGCAGAAAUGGCAUCGGUGGCGGAGCGUGCGCUUAAUAUACAGCCUCCUAAGAUUAAGCUGAAGGCUCGUCGAUUGAGAGGUCACGAAGACAGCACUAACUGCUGCAUUGCCUCAUCUCAAAACCCUCGUAUCAUCGUCACUUCCGGCGAGGAUGGUCGUGUUUGCUGGUUUGAUUUGCGAUGCAAUGAUGAGCCACGACUCGCUAUGGAUGUUAGCGAGGAGCCCAUUCUUUCCUUGUGUUUCAACUCAGGGAAUGAAGAUAAUAUAUAUGUUUCCUCGGGAAAGGAAAUCAAGUGUUUUGAUGUGCGCCUGGCCACUACCAAAUGGGAGCCUCUGGAGAAUUAUAAUUAUAACAAGGAGGAGAUAAACAAGGUUACAUGCAACUCAAAGUCCUCAUUUCUUGCUGCAGCAGAUGAUAGUGGCGAGGUGAAGAUAAUUGACAUAAGGCAGCAUUGUCUUUACAAAACAUUACGAGCAGAAGCUGGUCAUACAAGUAUAUGUAGCACUGUGGAAUUCCUUCCUUGGAAAUCUUGGGAAGUAAUUAGUGGAGGUCUCGAUUCAACACUUGUGCUGUGGGAAUUCUCCAAAGCGCGCCCCUACAAAGUAGUGAAUUUCGGUAAUGUGAGUAAUAGCGGAGCUGGGCAGUGUUUCAAUCCUUCCUUGAUUCAUGCAAUAGCUGUCCCAGAAAUUGACAUGGUAGAUAAAUUGGGCAAGAUAUGUGCUGUUGCAGGGGGUGGAGUUAUUAAUGUGAUUGAUAUUGAAUCAGAAAUUGCUGCUGUAAGGUCAAAAGGCUCUUCAAAUACGCGAAAAGGAUCACAGUCAAAAUUAAAAGAUGGUAGUUCAACUAGCAAUACAGAUGAAGAUCAUAGUGUAAAAAAGAGGUUGCAUUUUGAUUACACUAUAGGCGGCCAUACUUCAGCUGUUUCUAGCCUGACAUUUUCGAUGUUCGGGGAAAGAGGGAAAUUCUUAAUAUCUGGAGGAAAUGAUAAAUUGGUGAAGGUUUGGAAUUGGUCCAGUUAUACUGAUGCUGGGUCAAGUGACGGCAACAAUGAUGUCCUACAUUUGAACAUCGGUGUACCUCAAAAGGUCAAUUGGCUAUGUACCACCACAGCUGAUACAGACAACCUUGUUGUGUGUGACACAUCUAAAACUGUAAAGGUCUAUUCUUUAACAUAUAAAACUGUGAACUUGAAACAGGCACAUAUUGAGAAUCAAUAUUAUACUAUUGAACCAAAAAUGAUGCCAUCUGGUGCUUCCCUCUGCAACAUUUGCGGGGAACAACUAGUCCUUAGUGACAAUGGAGAAAUGUUUGUGGCUUGUCAUGACUGUAAUUACCCUAUUUGUAAGCCUUGUUUUGAACAUGAAAUCAAUGAGGGACAUAGUCUCUGCUUGAAGUGUGGCACUCCUUAUCAAGGGAGGACAAAUGAUGAAGGUGAUGAUGUCGAUGUCGAUGACGAUGAUGGCAUCAAGGUUCAUGAAAAUCCAUCUAUAGUGGCUUCCCAGAUCGAUAACUCUGAGGAUGUUGGACUCCAUGCUAGACAUGUCAGUACAGUGUCCACAGUUGAUAAUGAAGUAAAUGAAGAUUCUGGGAAUUCCACAUGGAAAAAAAGAAUGGAAAGCUGGAAAGGAAAGGGGAAGGGGAAGGGGAAGGAUAAAAAGAACAAGAAGAAAAAGGCUGCACCUAAGGCUGAAAAUGAGGAUACAGUUCCAUCAGAGCAACAGAUGGAAGAAAUAAAGUCUACAGAGGCUGCUGCUCAGCCACUUUCAGUAGUUAUGCCAAUAACAAAAUCCAAACUUGCGCCAUACAGAACCGUGAUAAUCAUGCGGCUAAUAAUCUUGGGUCUUUUCUUCCAUUAUCGAGUUACGAAUCCUGUUGAUAGUGCUUUUCCUCUGUGGUUGACAUCUAUUAUAUGUGAGAUUUGGUUUGCAUUUUCCUGGGUGUUAGAUCAGUUCCCUAAAUGGUCUCCAGUUAAUAGACACACUUUUAUUGAGAACCUCUCUGCAAGGUUUGAAAGAGAGGGUGAACCCUCUGGACUUGCUGCUGUUGAUUUCUUUGUCAGUACUGUCGAUCCUUUGAAAGAACCGCCAUUGAUUACAGCUAAUACAGUGCUCUCUAUCCUUGCAGUCGACUAUCCAGUCGAUAAAGUAUCUUGUUAUGUGUCAGAUGAUGGUGCAGCAAUGCUCACAUUUGAAUCUCUUGUGGAGACUGCUGAAUUUGCAAGGAAGUGGGUGCCAUUUUGCAAAAAGUUUUCAAUUGAACCAAGAGCCCCUGAAUUUUACUUUUCACAAAAGAUUGAUUACCUUAAGGACAAAGUUCAACCUUCUUUUGUGAAGGAACGUAGAGCAAUGAAGAGAGACUAUGAAGAGUAUAAAGUACGAGUUAAUGCUAUGGUAUCUAAGGCUCAGAAAACACCAGAAGAAGGAUGGAGUAUGCAAGAUGGAACGCCUUGGCCUGGAAAUAAUUCACGUGAUCACCCAGGAAUGAUUCAGGUUUUCCUCGGACAUACUGGUGCUCGUGAUAUUGAAGGAAAUGAACUUCCUAGGCUGGUUUAUGUUUCUAGAGAGAAAAGACCAGGAUACCAACACCACAAGAAAGCGGGUGCUGAAAAUGCCCUGGUGAGGGUAUCUGCAGUUCUCACAAAUGCUCCCUUCAUUCUCAAUCUUGAUUGUGAUCAUUACGUUAACAACAGCAAGGCUGUUCGAGAAGCAAUGUGUUUUCUCAUGGAUCCAGAAGUUGGUAGAGAUGUGUGUUAUGUACAGUUCCCCCAAAGAUUUGAUGGUAUUGAUCGUAGUGAUCGGUAUGCCAACCGCAAUACAGUUUUCUUUGAUGUAAACAUGAGAGGACUUGAUGGCAUUCAAGGACCAAUGUACGUAGGGACUGGAUGUGUUUUCAAUAGACAAGCACUUUAUGGCUAUAGCCCACCUUCUAUGCCCAAUUUACCAAGUUCUUCAUGCUGUUGCUGCCCCUCAAAGUCCUCCAAAGACGUGCUGCGGGUUUCUAGAGAUGCAAUGCGGGCAGAACUUGAUGCUGCCAUUUGUAAUCUCAGGGAGAUUGACAAUUAUGAUGAGAAUGAGAGGUCAAUGCUGAUUUCACAAAUGAGCUUUGAAAAAACUUUUGGCUUGUCUACUGUUUUCAUUGAAUCUACAUUAACGGAUAAUGGUGGAGGGGUACCAGAAUCUGCAGAUCCUUCAAUGCUGAUCAAGGAGGCCAUUCAUGUAAUUAGCUGUGGAUAUGAAGAAAAGACUGAAUGGGGAAAAGAGAUUGGUUGGAUUUAUGGUUCAGUUACUGAGGAUAUCUUAACAGGGUUCAAGAUGCAGUGCCGAGGAUGGAGAUCACUCUACUGCAUGCCCUUAAGGCCUGCAUUCAAAGGGUCAGCGCCUAUCAACCUGUCUGAUCGAUUGCACCAAGUCCUUCGAUGGGCGCUUGGAUCGGUUGAAAUUUUCUUAAGUAGACAUUGUCCCCUUUGGUAUGCAAUUGGAGGAGGCCGUCUGAAAUGGCUGCAGAGAUUGGCUUAUAUAAACACCAUUGUCUACCCUUUUACUUCCCUUCCUCUAGUUGCUUAUUGUACUUUGCCAGCAAUUUGCCUUCUCACAGGAAAAUUUAUCAUACCGACGCUUUCCAACCUUGCAAGUGUUCUCUUUCUUGCACUUUUCCUCUCAAUUAUUGCAACAAGUGUGCUUGAGCUGCGUUGGAGUGGCGUUCGUAUCGAAGAUUUGUGGCGUAAUGAGCAGUUUUGGGUGAUUGGAGGUGUUUCAGCUCAUCUGUUUGCUGUGUUCCAAGGAUUUCUGAAGAUGUUGGCUGGUGUUGAUACCAACUUCACUGUCACUGCAAAGGCUGCUGAGGACUCCGAGUUUGGUGAACUUUAUAUCAUCAAGUGGACUACUCUCUUGAUUCCACCAACAACCCUUAUCAUUGUUAACAUGGUUGGUGUUGUUGCUGGAUUUUCUGAUGCACUUAAUGGUGGAUACGAGUCUUGGGGACCUCUCUUUGGGAAGGUUUUCUUUGCCUUCUGGGUGAUUUUUCAUCUCUAUCCAUUUCUCAAGGGCCUCAUGGGUCGCCAAAACCGAACUCCUACCAUUGUUGUUCUCUGGUCGAUUUUGUUAGCCUCUGUCUUCUCUCUUAUUUGGGUCAAGAUAGAUCCAUUCGUGAACAAAAUUGACAGUGAGACCAUCGCUGAUACUUGUGUUUCUAUAGAUUGUUAAGUCACUUGACGGAUGCUAGUUUUUGAAAAUAUACGUAAAAGACAUUACCAUAAGGAUUAGUUCUUGGUUGAAAUGUGUAACCAUAUUUAUAUAAGAUUGGAAAUAUACAUGUUUUGGUCAAACUUCCUCUUCAAAGUACGUAACAUAUUGGCCUAGAAGUGCAAUAAUGGUACAAUGUAAAAAAAAUUGCACAGCCAAAAACUUGAACUGUUAAUCAUGUAUUUAUACUCCUUGACCUAUUAAAAAUUGAAGCAUGUCCAUAAAUUGUUUUAUGAA